CACGUGAGGCCAUCGCCGCCGACCGACCCAGCCCUCCCUCCCGUCGCCAUCGGCCCAUGCCUACGCGCACGGCGGCGCUCUCCUGCCGCGGAGUCUCGCCGUGCCCGCGGAGCCCCUCCCUGCUCCCCGGCCGCCGCCGCCGCUGCCGCCUCUUGAACGAUGAGACGGCGGCGGUGGCGGUGACGGCGCCCCUACGUGUUGCCUCCGCGACCCGUUCUCGGGCUCUCGGCGGCGGCAGCGGUGGUUUCUUCGUGCGCCUCGAAGACCGCCGGGGUGGGGAGGCGUCUCGGUUGACGCGUGCCCUUCGGCGAGUCCUUCUUGAUCAGCAGAAAUGGGGAGAACCUGACCUGCUGAAAGCUGCUGUUAUUUCAACCAUGUCAAUUCUUGCUGUGCCUCUUGAGGCGUCAGCAGAGACAUGUCAGCCUGCUAAUUCGAUGGCUAAUAUGCCCAUUUUUAUUGCUGUGGCCCUAAUAGGUGCUGCUGUUGGUGGAUUACUAGCACGGCAAAGAAAGGAGGAAUUAAAGCGACUUAACUCUCAACUUCGCCAAAUUAACACUGCACUUAGAAGACAGGCACAGAUUGAGUCAUUUGCUCCUGGCCUUACGUAUGCACCGGUUGGGAGAGCAACAGAAACUGAAGUUAUUGUUGAUCCCAGGAAGCAGCAGCUGACAACAAAUUUGAGAAAUGGGAAAGCUUAUAUGAGAAAUGAAGAUCUUGAUAUGGCAGCAAGAGAAUUCAGGACAGCGCUUGAGCUUGCUGAGAGCAUAGGCGAUCGCUUUGAAGAGAAGAAAGCUGCUCGAGGAUUAGGUGCAUCCCUACAAAGGUUGGGUAAAUACAGAGAAGCAAUGAACUGCUACUAUAAGGUCCUGCAGCUUUCCAAGGAAACGGGCGAGGAUUCCGGGUGCACUGAAGCUUAUGGCGCCAUAGCUGACUGCUACACAGAGCUUGGGGAUCUUGAGCGAGCAGCGAAGUUGUAUGACAAGUACAUAUCAAGGCUGCAGCCCGGUGGUGACUAAAGAGCUUAGAACUUUCUUGACCAAAACGAUUGGUUACUUCCUUUUGGAGUUUUGGUUGUUGUUCAGCAAAAAAGAUCAACCUGUUGGUCUGUUAGCUUUGUGGGAGCGCUUAAAUCGCUCUUGAAAUAGCUCAAACUCCUGUAUAUAUAUGUCAAUGGUGCUAAUUGAGAGUUGAGACGACAGUGGUAAAGAUUCGUCUGGUCUGCAGUCCGCUGCAUGCACACGGUACACUCAUCUACUGAUCUACUACUACACUACUGCUGCCUCCGGCUCACACAAGAGUGUAUGUCCGUUUAUGUUUAACGUUUCAUCGUUCGUUUAAUUUAGAAAAAAAAUUAUGAUUAGUAUUUUUAUUGAGACGAAUAGUCCA